GUCCCAACACAUAAAAGCAAAGUAUACAUAGUAACAACAUAAUAAUAUAACCCAUGGAGGGAAUUUGGAAAGGGAACUUUUGUGACCAAAUCCCAAACUCCAAAUGGCUAUGCAUCCACUACCAGGUUUUCCAAUAUGAUGAUGCUCUUUUCUAUGUCUUCGUGUGAUUUAACACUUCUCCCUUCAACAACAGAAGUCCCUUUCCUUUACUAAACUAUUUCAUACCUAAUGGAUGUUCGCAUCCUGCCUGAAUCAAUUUCUUGGCAUCAGAACUGCCAAAUUAAUUCGCCCCCAUGAAAACCAUUCGUUGAAUAAGGCAAAGUAUGCAUCCAAAUAUAGGUCUAUGUCUAGGCUUUUUGUUUAUUUACGCUUGGCUCGUUGGAUAUAUUCGGUCAACAUGUUGGAAAGACCCAACAUCCAAGUUCUUCCAGACUGAGCGAGCACACGCCCCAAAAUAUUCGGCGCAUCGAAUACAGGAGGCUGUACAAUAUGCGGACCAAGUAGGAGCAGGGCAAACGGGGCAUGGAAGUCAGAGGAGCCCGCCCGAACUCUGCGUAGGGAUUCCCUCGGUGCAUCGAGACGGUAUCUCGUACUUGAAAUCGACAUUGGGCUCUCUUCAACAUGGCCUAAGUGCGGAAGAGAGAGCCGGUCUUCGCUUCGUUGUGCUUCUUGCCCACGCCGACCAGAAAAAACACGCAGACUAUGGAGAACCAUGGCUCACCAACAUGGCCGACGUCCUCCCUUCGUACGAUGAUUAUCCAGAACGAAUGGCCCUUGCCACGGCCAUAGAGCACAACAAAACACACGGAACCAAGAUCAAGUUCGACUUUUCAGUCGUGAUGGAAGAAUGCGAGAAGACUGGAGCACCCUACAAUUUAAUUGUAGAGGACGAUGUGGUAUUCUUAGACGGGUGGCGGCACCGAACUCUACAAGCAUUAGAUGUGGCGACGACCAAGUCAUGGUCAACAGGACACACGGAUUUCUUAUACCUACGUCUAUUCUACUACGAAGGCCUCCUUGGCUGGAAUUCAGAGUCCUGGAUGACAUACCUAGGAUGGUCUUUAGCGGCUACCGUCAGCGUUGUAUGCGUCCUAUUUUUAACCCGGCGGUAUGUUCCCGCGGCUCGACUAUACCUAACACGGUCUGUGUUUCUCUUAACGGUGCUUGUCUUCAUGCCGCUCCUAAUCACCCUAUUCUUCGCUGCUGGAGGGAAUUGCAUGCUGCCGCUCCCGGAAGGCGUACACCAAAUGACCGAGAACGCGUGCUGCAGCCAGGGUCUCGUAUUUCCACAUUCCACUGUGGCAAACGAAUUAAUGCCACAUUUUCGUCAAAAUAGGUGGUCAGAAGUUCCAAUCGAUAGCUUUAUAGAAGAGUACGCAGAUGCGGCAGGUUCAUUGCGCUGGGCGCUGACACCAGUCGUGAUGCAGCAUGUUGGCGGUCGUAGUAGCCAUGGGGUUUACAGAGCGGCCUACGGGGAUAUGAUAGGGGGUAAAAUCUGGAAUUUCGGAUUUGAGGAAAACAAUCCAGAUACCUUGGCUACAGAGCACUCACGGGCAAACAACCAAACAUCAUAGAUACCUAUUAGAUACCAUAAAUUUUGAAACGUUGUCUCUACUAA